UUUUAAGACAUUGACAGUUAUGUAGUUUGUUGAACUUUGUACUGUUUAUUUAUUUUUGAUUAUUUAUUUUUUACUUUGCCUUGUUUCGUUUUUACACAGUUUAGCAAUUAAGUUAAUAGAUAAAAAUGCAUAGAAUAUACAAAACAUCCGGCACACUUCAGGUAGCUUCUAGUAAUUAUAAGUAUAAACGUUUUGCAACUAAAGUUAAACGUGAACAAGAUGCUAAUUAUCAAUUUUUACAACAAAGUAGCGUACCAACUAUGCAUUUCCAAAAAUCAUUGCCACGGCUGCCUAUACCAGAGUUAUCUAAAACAGGAGAUAGAUAUUUAAAUGCAUUGAGACCUUUAUUAACAUCGGAACAAUAUGCAAAUGCAGAAAAACGAACAAAUGCAUUUUUAAUGGGUCAAGGAAAGGAUUUACAAAUGAAAUUAAUAUCUAAAGAUAAGGCCCAUAAAAAUACAAGCUAUAUAUCAGAUUAUUGGUUUGAUCUUUAUUUACGAGAUCGUGCACCUUUACCAAUAAAUUACAAUCCAUUAAUAGUGUUUCAAAAUGAUACUAGACCGGAAUAUAAUAAUCAGUUGAUUCGUGCGACCAAUAUUUUGGUCUCGGCUUCGAGGUUCAUGUUAUCGUUGAGAGAGAGUAAGUUGGAACCUGAGGUAUUUCACUUACAGCCAAAAAAAAGUAACACACAACUAUUCAGAACUGUAACUGGACUUUUACCUGAGAGCCUGUCAUGGUAUGGAGCUUUUUUAUUUAAAGCAUAUCCACUAGACAUGAGUCAGUUUACUGGCUUAUUCAAUGCAACCCGUAUCCCACAAUUAAAUAAGGAUAGAAUAUUCAGAGACCCAAGCAGCAAGCAUGUUGUUAUACAAAGAAAAGGCAACUUUUAUGUAUUUGACGUACUUGAUUCUGAUGGAAAUUUACUAACACCCCAAGAAAUACUUGGCAAUAUGAAUCAAAUAAUAAAUGAUACUUCAGCAAAAGCUGAUCAUCCAUUAGGUAUCCUGACAUGCCAAAACAGAAAUGAAUGGGCAAAACAAAGAUUGCAUUUAGAAGAAACUGGUAAUGCUGAGGCAUUGCGGAAGAUUGACUCGGCUAUUUUCAAUCUUGUAUUAGAUGAUGAUCUCAUAAAUGAUGACAAACAUAAAAUUCUGAAGCUGUUUCUUCAUGGUGAUGGUGACAAUAGGUGGUUUGACAAAUCCUUUAGUUUAAUUGUUACCAAAGAUGGUGUUUCUGGUAUUAACUUUGAACAUUCAUGGGGUGAUGGUGUGGCAGUGUUACGAUUCUUUCAAGAUGUUUACAAAGAGACAACUGGAAAGCCAUUUAUACAACCAGACACUAAACCCUCUUCUAACCAUAUAACUGUAAAAAGAUUGGAAUUCAACUUGGAUGGAAAAUCAAAAGAAUUUGUAAAAAAUGCUCAAAAAGAAUACAAUGAAUGGUGUCAAUCAUUAAGUAUUGAUUAUAUAUUGUAUGAAGGUCUGAAUAAAGAAGCUUGCAAAAAGUUUAAAGUCAGUCCCGAUUGUAUUAUGCAGUUGGGAUUUCAGGCUGCAUACCACUUACUGCACGGGAAAUAUGUGGGUACAUAUGAAUCAUGCAGCACAUCUGCUUUUAAGCAUGGCCGAACUGAGACCAUGCGGCCAUGCACUGAUAAAACUAAGGCUUUCUGUGAUAAACUCCACUCCAAUAAAUCAUCGAAGCAAGACCUACGCACAUUAAUGGCGGAAUGUUCCUCCUACCACACACAAUUAGUGAAAGAAGCAGCAAUGGGACAAGGUUUCGAUCGUCAUUUAUUUGCACUAAUGAAAAUCGCGGAAGACAAUAACAUGCCUCGACCUGAACUGUAUGACUCUCAUGAAUAUAAGUUUUUGAAUAAAUCCAUUCUUAGUACCAGUACUCUGUCUUCGCCGAACGUGCUAGCCGGUGGAUUUGGACCCGUCGCUAAAGAAGGGUUUGGUAUCGGGUAUUCAGCAUUUGCUGAUAAAUUAGGCGCUGCAAUAGCCAGUUAUAAGUCACACAAUGACAGCACUCAAUUUGUCGAAGCAUUGCAUAAAUCAUUUAUGGAUAUUACAGAUGUCUUAUCAUCCUGAAUAUCAAUUUAAUGUAUAUUUUGUAUACAAUAUAGCAUUUAUAUUUUGUUUGUAAGUGGUAUUGGUUGGGUUAUAUAAAGUAACAAUUAUACUAAAUCAAAGAGCUUAACAUGAUAAAAUAUAUUUACUCCAAAUGUGUUAUAUAUAUUUACAUAACAUACAGUAUACAUAAUACAGUGCAACGGUCAAGAGGUGGCGCCUCAUAAAACGCCGUCUUUAUAGUUAGUUAUAUUUAAUUAUAAGCAAUAAUAUACCGAUAUAAAUAUAAAAUAUAACUGAAAAAGAUAAUGUACCUACUUGCAAUACCUAAAAGAAUAUACAAUAAAAUAUAAGCAUAAAUUAAUAUAUUUAUAAACCGAUGGCUGAAUGUGAAAAUCUUGCGAGUAUUUUUGUAUCUGGUUGUUAUGUUUAUAGUUUUUAAUAAAUAUUUUAA